ACAAUUAUUUUAGUUACAGAAUUUCUGCGUGUCUUUUUCGCUCUCUCUCUUUUGCUCUUCUUGUGUGUUUUUUAUCUCUGAGUUUUCUUUGUUGGGGAAUUUCUCUCUCUGUUGCUUUGUCGCUCUCUCUGAGUUUGUUACGAUGCCGAGCCGAUAUCCAGGAGCUCUGACCCAAGACUGGGAGCCAGUGGUGCUUCACAAGAACAGGACCAAGGUUCAAGAUCGCGACAGGAAGGCGGUGAACCAGGCGUUGCGGACCGGUGCUGCGGUGCAGACCGUGAAGAAGGCGGAAGCCGGUUCGAACAAGAAGGCUUCUCCGGUUGUGAACGCGAAGAAGCUUGACGAGGCGGCUGAGCCGGCGGCGCUGGACCGGGUGUCGACGGAGGUGAAGCAGUUGAUACAGAAGGCGCGGCUGGAGAAGAAGAUGAGCCAGGCUGAGCUGGCCAAGCAGAUCAACGAGCGGCCUCAGGUGGUACAGGAGUAUGAGAAUGGGAAGGCUGUGCCGAACCAGGCUGUGUUGGCGAAGAUGGAGAGGGUUCUUGGUGUGAAGCUGAGGGGAAAGAUUGGAAAGUGAUGGGAUGUUUCAAAACUACGUAGUAGUGUCUGUUAGUGUUUUGGCGGUGUGGAUCAUGAACAUAACAUAGGUGUUUGGUUGUUGGGUGUUUCUAGGGUUUCUGUUUGUGGGUUGAUAACUGUUAAAGGAUGAUGGUAAAUAAAAGUAGAAACUGAUCUGGGAGGAAAACUAGGUUGUAAAAAAAUGCGAAUAUCAAUCGAGUUUCAUGACUUUUCUUCUUUUC